GCAGCCAUGUGCUUAACCUUUAGCAUUCUGAGGUAGGCAUUUCACAACCGAUUUUCUGUAGCUUACGGCGUUAGGCAGCAGGGAAAAGGUUAUAGACAUGUCACGGCGGCUAGAGCGUUAAACGUGCCACAGGCGCGGCUAUGGCGGAAACAGAAGUGACGAGCCGUCGCCAUGACGACCAUGGCGCGGGUUGGCGCCCAGCGGCGGCCAGCGGAGAACUGACCCGCUUCAUCGUUUCCACCGUCAUGUUCACGGCGGCGUACUUUCUACUGGCGGCGCUGUGGAGGGGCUCGUUACACGGAAUGCCGCAAUUUCCGGUGUACUGGAAUGGCAACCGAACCAGAAUCCGGAACCGGACGUACAGUGGGGCCGGAUUCCGGAUGAGCAACAGGCCCACAUUCCAGGUCCGGAACCGGGAGGGCAACAGAACCGGAAUCCGGAUACUGCGGCCCACUCUGUACUUCGGAUCCCUGGCACCCGAUCCGCCCUGGCAGUUUAGACCUGAAGCCAAUGCGAAGAUCAGAAAAUCCUGCGGGAAACUGCACCCGUCCGUCCACCUGGUUAAGAACAAGAUGCCAAGACUGGCUCAGUACCACACAACAAAGUGUGACGUAGAAGAAAAACCGCGCAAGUCUGAAGCGCACUGUCGGACGGACCACAGCGGGACCAUCGGACACUACAACACCUGCGCCGUGGUCGGGAAUAGCGGGGUGUGGCUAGGCAGCCACUGUGGGAACGAGAUUGACUCCAGGGAUUACGUCAUCAGGAUGAACAUGCCCGUUGUCAAGGGUUACGAGAAUGACGUCGGUAGGCGGACCAGCAUGACGAUAUUAAACCUCAGCACGCCGAAACGGUUACAGAGCUCGGCUCGGUUGAAGAACAGAACCCAGGACGUGUACGAGAGUCGGCUCAGGAACAUCUGGGGGGCUGCGCUCGUCACCGACAAGAGGUCAAGAAGUAAAAUCAUCAGCGUGGCCAGAAAAUACCGCGUCACUUUCUCUUUGUACUCCGUCAAGGGCCGCCUAAGCCGGGGGAUCAACCACCUUGCGUCCAGGCCAGCGCACAAGAAGAUGGGCGGGGUCCCCACGACCGGCAUGAUCACUGUCCUGAUGACGACGACGUUCUGUGACGUUCCGUACAUGUACGGCUUCUUCCCGUUCCAACGUGACGCCCGGGACACGCCCAUCCCCUAUCACUACUACCCGGGAGACUUCAUCAAACCUAUCAAACAGAACGAGGCCGGGCAUCAUCACAUGGCGGGGGAAUACGACUUCCUUAGAGACCUACAUAAACAGGGCGUGCUGAAGAUGCAAGUCGGACCUUGUGGGGAGAAUUAAACACGUUUCUUGCACUCUAUUUGGGAGUACCUUCGUACCUACGGCUAUAUUUUUCUAGAAACAAGACCAGGGGUCAGUCGUUUAGUAUUAGAACAGUAAUGGAUUGGAACUCCCUACCACAGUCAGUGGUCGAAGCUAGAAUGAAUUUAACCCUCAAACACCCGAACUUUUUU